CUCCCUCUCUUCCUCGAACACCGUCCUCGUCCUGCACAAUGACCGCCACCCUCCCCUCGCUCUCCACCGACCUUCUCCAGUCCUGGUCAACAUGGCGUCCACCCAAGCACCAGCAGCAACACCACCAACACUCAGCCCUCAUCACGCCUCCAAUGUCCACCACCUUGCCACGAAUCGCUAAUCAUCACCCUCAAGUCUCGCUGCCACCAAUAACCCACUUCGAUCGCCAGGUUUCGGAGAUGCCUCUUCUCACUCCACCAACCACGCACGACGCGUCAAGUUGGUCAAAGUCUACGUCAGGGCCUCCUCAGAGCCAGCCAGCGUACGUCUCGCCACCAGAGACGUGCAAUGACCCCCCUAUGCAAGCACCACGACUCGCGGUCCCUCAGGAUCCGAACGCGCCAGUAGUCGACUGGUUUGACUUUUCGCUCAAGCGGUCGGCUCACUUCAUCGCAGAGAAGACUUGCGAGAUGAUCGUGUACCUGUGGUUCUCUAACUCGCUGCGAUCCGCCGUCCACCGCGCCAAGGCCGAGCCUCAGCAGACCGCUUCGCCGCCAUACUCCCCUGACCGGCAGUCCAACCCCCCUCUGCAAUUCAGCGUCACGCCCCAGUUCGUCCACUUCAUGCAGAAGCUCCUCGAGACGACACAGGUCAGCCAGUCGGUGAUCGUCCUCGCGCUCCUCUAUAUUUUCCGCCUCAAGGAGAAGAAUCAUUUCACAGCUGGACUUCCAGGGAGCGAGUUCCGGAUUGCAGUAGCGGCGUUGAUGAUGGCGAACAAGUUCCUUGACGAUAACACGUACACGAACAAGACUUGGUCAGACGUUUCUGGCAUCUCGCUCGACGAAGUCAACCGCAUGGAGCGCGAGUUUCUUCUUGGGAUCAGCUUUGGCCUCUACGCAAACAAGAGCGAGUACGACACUUGGAUGAAUUUGCUCAAGGGUCUCGUCAUGGCGAAGGAGAAGGAGCAUCAAGCGUGGCGUGGUGGUCCACGUCGUCAUAGGAGUCACCGGCAUACUGCCCCGAAUACCGCUACCCCGUCAGCACGGCACUAUCGCCACAGACAUCAGCACCCUGCUACGUAUCGUGCUCGGUCUACCUCCCCUAUGCACGAAUCUCCUCGGAUGAGGGGCUACAUGGGGGACUACGUGCCCACUCAGGCCUUCAUGCCCACGGCGGUCCCCACUCCAGCCGUCGCACCGGCUCCUGCGACUGUACCAGCUUCAUCGGCUUACGUGCCUGCCCCUGUUCCUGCGCCGCAGCCCGGCUCAAAGCGUUCGGCGGCAGACGCAUUUUCUCCUACGUCAGCUUCUUUCUCGCAGCUACCGCCUCUGAAACGACCCACGGGCAUGACGCUUCAGAUCCCCGACAAGGUCCACGCCACGAGUCCCGCUUCUAACUCGCCGCUCGAGUCGCUGCAGUCGUUUGCUAAGAUGUCCUUGUCCUCGUCGCCUCACACUGUCCGGUCCGCACACCCCGCACAAUCUGCGCACAGCGACAACAGGCCGCAAACUCUGGUUGCCGCCUACCGUGUGGACAAGCCCUUCAACGUGCCGGAGAACCUGUACUAUUAUUCUCUUGCAGGUUCGGCCACCACCACGGACAAAGUCCACGACCAAGAGCAUCGUCGCAAGGCAAAAUUACGGUGCUAUCAGCCCGCACCACCGCCCACGUCAUAUCCGCCUCCGCCACCUCACAUACCCAUGAACAUCCAGUCCGCCUCCGUAAGCCCUCACGAGGUUCACAUUAACUUUCGGCAAGCGCCAUUACCCCAUCUCUACGACGCGGUGUGGUCGCGUAAACUGCAGGUUCCCCCCGUUCCUGUGUACAAUCACUCGCCCGUGGAUGUGGACAGUUCGUUGCACCUUCCGCCCUUGCGGGAUGCUUCGAUGACUUCCAUUCCCUCUGCCCCAUUCGCCAACGCCGGUCCUCCCGGUGUGCACGGUGUUCAAUACUACACGCCACCUAAUCACGCAUCAUCGCCUCUAUAUCCGUAUAAUUGGUCGUAUGGAAGAUAAUUUCAGAGCUGUUACGCCAUGUCUUUUUAAUGCCUUCUCCCUUUGUUUCCUCUUUACACGAAUUGAUCACCGGGUACAUUAUUCUAUUCUAUUGUACAUUACCCCACGCAUGAUCUCUCAUUGUCACUGGUCACUAGUCUGCAUGCUUUCGCACUCUUUUCAUACGUAUCAUUUCACUAGUCGUCUCCACGCCCAUAUCAUCAUAGGACAAACACAUUCAGCACGCAUUUGUACAUUCCUGCGCAUGGUUUUUUUCAUCACACUUUGCUUCGCUCGGCGUUCACAACCCGAGGCCUUUUCUUCCAUUCAGGCGCGCAUCCGUGUCGCCGUCCGUUUUUACGAUAACUUUGUUCCCGUACACGCACCUUAUUAGCGCAUGUUUAGAUUCAGGUUUCGUUGUCUCAUCAUCACCAGCGCAAAGUUUCUCAUACAUAAAUAAGCAUACGAUAGUACCGUAAUCGCAUCGCC